AAAAAAGCAUGCACUGUGUACAAUGUCAGAUACCACUUAGGCCAAGGUUUUAUGUGCUACUAAUACAAUUUAUAUUAGGUAGUAGGAUCAUCAUUUCAUAUUGGGUAUUGCAAUGGGGUUCUUUUUCCUUCACAGCAAAUUGAAGGGACUUUUGAUAGCACUAUUGAGUGCUAUCCUGGUUUUAGAGAAGUCCAGUCCAUAUCCCAGAGAGAAACUGGUGUCUCAGUGCCACCUUAGGUUCAGUUACUAGAGUCAUGUAGUAUGCAUUUCAGGGGUUUGUAUGCUUUUUACACAAGUGUUCUCAACUGUUAGAAUUUUUGACACCCAAGAAGGGAUUGAACAAAAGAAGGCAAUGAAGUUGUAAUUCUGAAGAUAGUUGUUUGGUGGACAUGAUUAAUAGAACUUUUUGUGCUUCUAUUCAAAUGAAAAACUUGUGGCCACCCAAAAUUCUAAGCCAGAUUCCUCAUUAGACCUGGUGGUGCAGGCCUGUGUAUAAUCUCAGCACUUGAGUAGAGCAGGAACUUCAGAAUCAUAGUCAUUUUUUUAUGAUGAGUUCAAGGGCAGCUUGAGCUACAUGAGGCCCUGCCUCAAACAUAAAAAUGGUGGGCUAGAGAGAUGACUCAGAGGUAAGAGCACUGUGUACUCUUCCAGAGGUCCUGAGUUCAGUUCCUAGCAACCACAUGGUGACUCUCAUGUAGGUGUAUAUGUAGAUAGAGCACUCAAAGCUAAAUAAAUCUUUAAAAAAUUAUUUAAUAAGUAAGUAAAUGAUGGUCUAAUUCCUUACUCAAAAACUUUGUCAUUGUCAUUAUAUAUAAAGCUUAAUUUUUGUGGAGGUCGUAGGGCAGAGAGACCUGCUUUUAUAGAUUAAGAUAAUUUGUUUUUGACUCAAUUUGAUCUAAUUGCUGCCUCACUUAAAGACUGAAUAAAUUCAUUUAUACACAAUAAAUAUGGAUUGAAGAAAAAAUUUAAGACACCAAAUGUCACCCUCCAAAAAUUGUAUCUUUGGCUCUAAUUUGUGUAUUUCCAGAUGUACUCAGCCAUGUACCAAAGCUGACUAUAGUUUACUUACUGUUUCCUCAGACCUUCAAGCCUUUGUAAAUUUUGACAAAGAUACUUUUCUGGUAUGGAAUGCUCAUCUUUCCUCUAAGUCUUGUGUGUAGUGUUCAGAGUUUGGCUUCUACUUACUUCAUGAAGCCUUUCCCAGUUUCUCCAACCUUUUGCUGGUAGUUCAAAAUAUCCCUUUGGCACUUGGAUUAUACUAUUUUGUAUUAUUGUUAUUUAUAUGUUCUAUUUUUCUAAUGAAUAUGCGUCUCCUUAGGAGCAGAAUAUUGUUUUUAAGUUUUGUUACUUCGUUUUGUAGCAUAGAGGAUAGAGUCACUAGUAGAUUUUAUUCUAUGAUUUAAGAUAAUUUAUCAUUGAUUGACAGGGCAAUUUCCCCCCAUUAUUAGUUUUUAAACAUAGGAGAAUUUAUUAGGGUAAUUAACUCAGAUUUUUUUGUACGAUUCAGAGACCAGGAAACACUCAUAUAAAGCACGUUGAAUUGAUAAAAUCCUACAUUAUAAGGAUAUUUUUUUCAUAGUCCCUGCCUAUUUCUAGCCUUUUUUUUUUCAGUCUCCAUUUAACCGUUCUAUUUAUCUUGUUUUUUUGUUUGUUUGUUUGUUUUGUUAUGUUUUUUUAUUUGAAAAACAUGGUUUGGGCCAGAUAUUGUGGCGGAAAUAAAAAUUAUAAGCAUUUCUGUUUCAAAGUAUGGUUAAAUUUUGCUUAUGUCCUAAACCCAAACUUAUUCAAACACUGAAUGAUUUUGUAAUUUUAUAACCAAAUUAUUUUAAAAUAUUAAGUAUAAAGUCUCCCUAAGUAGAACUUGAAGUAUCAAUAGACAGAAUUCACUUGCAAGUACCUCAUUGUUUUAUCUUGUACUGCCAGUUUUAUUAUUUCAUUAGAAAGAUUUUUAUAAUGGCUAAUAGCUGAAAGCUAUAUUUGAUAUUUUUGCUAUAGUUAUCACAUGUUUAUAGAAUAUCUACUUAUUUGCAGUGAGGUAGUUUAGGUGAUUUUUUUUUUUUUUUUUUUGCAUUUAUAGAAAUAGAUUCCUUCAUUAUUUUAAAGCUCACCAAGGCUAUUAUAUAUUUGUAAUUCUUCAUGCUUUAUCUGAUAGUAUCUUCAGGGCAUGUAUACCUUAUUAUAUUUAAAGUGAUUCUUAAGCAUUGAUGUUUGAUUAUUAAAACUUCUAUAAAUAUUAGCUUUAUUUUAAGACCUCAUUUAAACAUAAUCCUUAUACCUAUGAGCCAUGUUUUGUAAUUGAUUGAACUGACACUGCUGCUUCAUUAUCAAAAAGCUUAGAUAAUCUGUAGCAGGAUAAGUCUGAGAUUUGUAAGUACUCCCUACCCCCUAGAAAUAUAUCACUUUUAAAGUUUUUAACAUAAUUACAUUUAAAAGUCUUCUACAGUAAAAAACGUUGUGUACUUUUUGCUUUCUGGUGUGAGCUUACGUAGUUCUGAUAUGAGCUUGAGGCACUCAUGGAGUCUUCAUUGAAACAUAUUUUAAAGAAAUAUUUCUCACCAUCUUAAGGGCCACUUGAGCUCCAGUCUUGGACCUUUGUUAUCUCCGUUCAUAAUUUUCUUUGAGCUUAUAUUUGUUAAGUCAGUAUUGUUCAAAAGCAAAAACAAAAGCAAAAAAAACAAACAAAAAACAAAAACCCAAAAAUUCCACAGACAAAACAAAAAAAACGAACACUCUGAUUUUGUUCACUUUUGUUUUUAUAUACAAGAAUCUUUACAGUCAACAUGUACUUCUAGGUGCUGUAUUGAAAUUGCUGGCAGAGUCUAUUCUAUACAAACUGAACAAUCUGGCCCCUUGUUUUAUUUGUAAAGGUUCAAUGUAUCUAUGCCUGCCUACUUCAAUCUGCAAGGGAGUUUCAGAAAGGCCCCGCAUUCGCCGAGCCGUGAGUUAUCACUAACUUUUCAGAUGUGUUAAUGAAUGUGGAACAGAAGCAGUUGUGUUUAAAAGGAAAUAAAAGGCCAUCAAAGUAACCUAUAUUAUAGUAGCAGGCUUGAACACUAAAUGGAUUAUUCCAAAUUGUGUCACAAAUAACCUACUAGAGACUAGCCUCAGAAAACCUAUUGUUGAACUGCUCUGAAGCUAUGAUUUUAGCAAUAUUAUCUUUCUUAAAAAUGUAUGUGUCCUAGUUGCAAAUUAGAAUGUUCUUUAAAUCUUCUUAAUCAAGUUAAAACAAUCUGAACAAAAUCUUACCCCACAGUGUUUAGUUGAAUUAAGUUAAACUCUACAAUGUAAGACCACAUGAAAGGGGUAAAGUUGGAAUUUGUUUGUUAUUCAUGUGUGAAAAUAUAGAAUUUAACUUAAAAAUUACUUCCUAGUUGAAAUGUUUGGAGUGCUCUAGGUAUCAUGUGAACUGCAGAAGUUUUUACAGUCUCUUUUGGUUUGUUUCAGCCGUUUUUGCUUCAGUAAUUCAUCAGUAGGUUUUCCUUUAACAGUGAUAUCAAUUUAAGGCUAAACUACAUUUUUUUAGGGCAUAUCAUUCUGCAUAGAGGAAACGACCCUGUGAGUUUUUCUUUUAUUCAGAAGUUCUAAGCAAAAAAUUUGUAACUAACAUUUGUAUUUUGUUACUCUAGUUAGUUACCUUUCCUUUUCUUUAAACUUAUGAGUAAGAGCUGUAUUAGAUAAGCAGGCUGGUUGCUUCUGUUGCUUAGGAGUUGUGUGGGUUGUUUUCUUCUCUUUUCUUUUCUUUUUCUUUUUUCUUUUUCUUUUUCUUUUUUUUUAGUGUGAGCACAAAAUGUAUUUUAUUUUGCCUGGUUUGUCAAUAUACUACAGACCACAUAAAACUUGGAAGUAUGGAAUCUUUGGCGGUAUUAAAGUUAACAUUUCAUUUAGGCAAUGUGCCUUUGUUUGACUGGUGUGUAAGUCCUUCUUCCAGGUUUGUACGCUCUUAAACACCUUAUUCUACCCUCUAACUCCUCCCAGCAGCAAAAGGGAGACACUUCAGCUGGAACAAAGUAGUGGAAGAAAUGGCGUCUGGGGUUCAGUGGGGAUUCGCAGUGUGUAUGCAAUGUUUGCAAGAUUACUUUUAUGUUUUUCAAUUAAUGUAAAUAAUUACAAAAUAAAUUAGUGCUUACUGUCAAGAAGAGACCAUUGUAUACCAGUAGAAACUCUUGGUGGGUCUUCUGCAAGUUGCUUAACCUCUUGGGGCCUCAUUUUUCUGAUCUGCAAUGUGAAGGGAGUUGGACUUGAUAACCUAUAAAGUCCAUUCCUGCUCUAAAAUCUUAUGCUUUUCUGAAGUACUUUUAUUUAACAGAAUGCUUUGCUUUCCCACUUUGACUAUUUAUUUGAAUUACAUUUGCAGUACAUAGACUGCAACUGCAUGUUGUCUAAAAUAGUUUUUCUAUAGGGUGGUACAUAAAGAACUAAUCCCUCCUGGGUUGAUUUAUAAGUGUGUGCAUAUAGAUAGUCACACACCAAAAGCUAGUAAUAACUAGGACUUUCAAAAAUAAGCACUGUCUAGUUGUCUAACCUUGAAUAUUAUUAACUUUUCUAUAUUACAGGAGAUACUACUCGUCAACGAAUCAAAUUCAGCGAUGAUAGAGUAUGCAAGAGCCACCUUCUCAACUGUUGCCCCCAUGAUGUCCUUUCUGGAACAAAAUAUCUGGAAUGAAGAAAAGAUUUCCAGAUUACUUUUCGUAAGCAAGAAUGGAUCUUGGAGAAUGCUUGAAAGUACAUGACCUGGCUUUAAGAGCAGAUUAUGAAAUUGCAUCCAAAGAACAAGACUUUUUCUUUGAACUUGAUGCCAUGGAUCAUCUACAGUCAUUCAUUGCAGAUUGUGAUAGAAGAACAGAAGUGUCUAAGAAAAGAUUAGCAGAAACUCAAGAAGAGAUAAGUGCUGAAGUGGCAGCAAAGGCAGAGCGUGUUCAUGAGUUAAAUGAGGAAAUAGGCAAGUUGUUGGCCAAAGUGGAACAACUGGGAGCUGAAGGAAAUGUGGAAGAAUCUCAGAAAGUCAUGGAUGAAGUAGAGAAAGCACGGGCAAAGAAAAGAGAAGCAGAGGAAGUUUAUCGGAAUUCUAUGCCAGCUUCCAGCUUUCAACAGCAGAAACUUCGUGUCUGUGAAGUCUGUUCUGCAUAUUUAGGUCUUCAUGAUAAUGACCGACGACUUGCUGAUCAUUUUGGGGGUAAAUUGCAUCUGGGAUUUAUUGAAAUAAGAGAGAAGCUCGAAGAAUUAAAGAGAGUUGUAGCUGAGAAGCAGGAGAAGAGAAACCAGGAACGUCUGAAACGAAGAGAAGAGAGGGAGAGAGAAGAACGGGAGAAACUGAGGAGGUCCCGAUCACAUAGCAAGAAUCCCAAAAGAUCUAGAUCCAGAGAGCAUCGCAGACACCGAUCUCGCUCCAUGUCACGAGAACGCAAGAGGAGGACUCGAUCAAAAUCUCGCGAGAAACGCCAUCGCCACAGGUCCCGGUCCAGUAGCAGAAGCCGCAGCCGAAGCCACCAGAGAAGUCGGCACAGUUCAAGAGAUAGGAGCAGAGAGCGAUCCAAGAGGAGAUCCUCAAAAGAAAGAUUCAGAGAUCAAGACUUAGCAUCACGUGACAGAGACAGGAGUUCAAGAGACAGAUCACCCCGUGACCGAGAUCGAAAAGAUAAGAAGCGGUCCUAUGAGAGUGCUAAUGGCAGAUCAGAAGACAGGAGGAGCUCUGAAGAGCGUGAAGCAGGGGAGAUCUAACUAGCUGUGUACAUACCUUCAAUCCUUAAACUUCCUAUGGCGUUCAUGCUAUUUUAGUUUACAGCUGUUCAGAUGACAGUGAACAGUUCUAGACACCAAUCCAGUCAGGCUAGAUGUCUAGUACCCAAUGAUCUGAACUGAACCUGCUCUCCUUGAUGAAGCCUAAAACUACAUCCAUAGUUUUUUGUGAACCUGAACGUAACAGUUUAUAUUAUGAGACACUGUUCUCUAUUUCUUAGGAGCGAUAGUGAAUGAAUUGUGUUGAUGCCUUGCAGUUUUUGAACAUUUGUAAAAUACUGUUUUCCUUUCUAUUCCAAACAGCAGCAGCUUUAGGAAAUCCUUUUUCUUUAUAAUUCUUCCUUUGACUUUUGUAUCUCCUAAUACCUGUGCCUCCAACUAUAAAAGAGCAAAGGGAAGCAGUAUAACUUCUAAGGUUCUGUUCACAUUGGUUAUUAUUGGUUGAUUAGAGUUGAGCAUUUCUACUGGAUUGUGUGCUGGAGAAAUUUAAAUAUGGGGCUGUUUUGUUUGGGGCCUAUUAGAGUUGGAAGUUGAACAGCUGUUGGAUUACAUACUUUUGCUUUUAUAUUGAAAUUUUGAAAUCAGACUUGUCUUGAUUUUUGUUUUUGGUUUUUUUUGUUGUUUUUGGUUUUGGUUUUUUGUUCUAUUAAACUGCUGCGUUCAGUAUAUUGAGGGGGAUGGGGGCAGGGACUGUUUCAUAAAAGCACUUGUUUUGUGUGUGCAGGGGGUAUGUGUGCAUAGUUUAAAGACUAUACUCUAAGUGUAAAAAAAAAUAAAAUGAAAAGAAUCACCACCACUACUGUAACUUGUUCAGUAAGUUGUCACUAGAACUAUUUGCUGUGGGUAUUCUCUAUUUUGUAACAUCCUUAACAGUGCCUUUCUGUACAAGGCACCAAAGGAAGUAAAUAUUUAAUUGUGGAUUCCAGAUGGACUGUUGCCCCACCAAAACCUCUUGCUGAUUAUACUACACUACUUCAGAGCUGUGUUUAACAGCUUCUGUAAGGAAAGAUUGAACUUGUAGAAGCAGCUAAGAGUUGCUUGUUUGUAUUUUUUAAUUGACAAGCCUGAAUAAAAACAAUAUGUAACCAACA